AUGGCACAGGGAAGGGGCAGUGCAACCCUAGUUCUUGGGCUGGGCCUUCUCUUCUUCCUCCUCAUGAUCCAAAUGACGGCGCCUAUCGUCGGCGCCGCCACUUACUCGGUGGGCGACGGCAGCGGCUGGACCUUCAACGCCGUCAACUGGCCCAACGGAAAGACCUUCCGCGCUGGCGACAUCCUCGUAUUUAACUACAACCCGUUGUCGCACAACGUGGUCGCCGUCGAUGGCAAUGGCUACAAUGGCUGCGCGAUUCCGACGGGGGCGAGGGUGUUCACGUCCGGCAGCGACCGCAUCACCCUCGGCAGAGGGACCAAUUAUUUCAUCUGCAGCUACGCUGACCACUGCAAGUCCGGCAUGAAGAUAUCUGUGACGGCUUCUUAA